AUGCUGUCCGGUCAAUCAGUGGUUCGCUCGGCGAGCCGCUCCAUACACCACGCAUCCCGCACCCUUCGUCCCGCCUCGCGAGGUGUUGCCACCAAGUCUGCUGCAGGUCCUUCGCGUCAUUCCGCUUGGCCAUCAUACUCGAUCGCUACGGUCGCUGCCGUGGGUGCUGGUGCCUCCCUCUAUGCACUUCAGUCUCGAUCCUCGGCCAUCCAGUGCGAGCCUCGUCAAGCAUGGAAUGACCGCCUGAAACCCAAGCAGUCCCAAGGCGACGCUUUCCUUCGCAAAGAUGCCAACGACCGUCACGCGCCCGCUGCGGCGCACGACGAGCAUGUGGAGCCGGCCGACGAGACGCCUGCCGCCAUCGAGGUCGCUGUCGAGGAAACGGAGGAGCAGACAGGUCAACAGUCGGCCUACGAUCCUGAGACUGGCGAGAUCAACUGGGACUGCCCGUGUCUGGGCGGAAUGGCUCACGGUCCAUGCGGUGAACAGUUCAAACUCGCCUUCUCCUGCUUUGUCUACUCGGAGGCUGAGCCAAAGGGCAUCGACUGCGUAGACAAAUUCAAGGCCAUGCAGGACUGCUUCCGCGAGCAUCCGGACGUCUACAAGGACGAAAUCGAGGAUGAUGAGGCUGCAAAUGCACAGUUUGACAAGGACGAGGCGGAGGCGAACGCUACCGAUAAUGCCAGCAUCGAGAGUGUGGGAAAGAAGGACGAAUCUGCAUAA